CGUCUCGUGCUUUUCGGAGAGAGGCGAAACCCCCUAAACCUCCUCUCCGCCGCCGCCGCCGCCGCCGCCGCCGCCAUGGCCGACGAACUCGACGAACUCCUCGGCUUCCUCUCCUCUCCCCAGCCUAACGUGCGCGGCGCGGCGGUGGACAUCGUGCGGGGGCUGACGGGGGACGCGGACGGGCUGCGGGCCCUCUCGGCGCGCGCGGACCGGGCGCUGCCGGCGCUGCUCCGGCUUCUGGCCUCGGCGGGGGGCGGGGGCGCGGCGGAGGCGGCGGCGGACUCGCUGGUCAACCUCAGCCAGGACGACGCGCUGUCGGCCCGCCUGGUGUCGCUCGGCGCCGCCGUGGCCUCCAUGGACGUCAUGGCCAAGCGCGGCGGCGAGCAGCCGGGCCUCGCGCGCAGCCUCGUCAUGCUGCUCGCCAACCUCACCCAGGUCGAGUCCGGCGUCGCGGCGCUCCUCCAGGUUGGGGAUGAAAAGAUGCAAGGGCUGUAUGUUGCGAAGCUUGUGCGGUCGUUCUGCAGGUCAUCCAGUGAGUCUGAAGAUGAAGAUACCUAUGAACAUGUUGCAUCUGUACUAGUGAACAUCUCAAAGGUUGAAGCUGGAAGGAGAAUACUGAUGGAACCUAAGAGAGGUCUUUUAAAGCAGAUUAUACGACAAUCUGAUUCAGUAAACCAACUUAGAAAGAAAGGGGUUGUUAGCACCAUCCGCAACUGCUGCUUUGAAGCUGAUACCCAAAUACAAAAUUUGCUCCCUCUAGCAGAAUAUAUUUGGCCAGCUCUACUUUUGCCUGUAGCUGGAAAGAAGAUCUAUGGUGAAGAUGACAGGUCAAAAAUGCCUCCUGAGCUUGCAAAUGUACUCUCCCAUGAGCGAGAGGCUGUUGAGAACUCUGAAAUUCGUCAACAGGCACUCGAGGCUAUUUAUAUGAUCGUCCUUCAGGAUGAAGGACGAAAGGCUUUUUGGUCAGUCAAUGGCCCGCGAAUACUGCAGGUUGGUUAUGAAGACGAGGAGGACCCAAAAGUGAUGGAAGCAUAUGAGUUAAUUGGAUCUCUGCUUGUUGGCAAGGGUGAAGCUGAAGAAGAUCAAGAGCAAGGAGGGCAGAAGCCUUAAUUUCAGCUGCUUAGAAAAAUCAACCCUCCAUCAUGUACAAUAUUAUUUAUUUUAUUUAUUGCAUGCAAAAACUGGGAUACUUUGUGAUGCAGCCGUAAUCAGUAGUUGUAUACUACUAGCACCACAUUACAACUGUAAUUAUACUAUGGACCAGAAAAUUUUGCACCAAUUGGCCGUCAAGCUAUAACAGUGUUUUUCCAUACAAUUAUGUAAGAACACGGAGAAACAUUCAAGAACAGUGUAAUGUGCCCAUCUUCCGCCGAAAGAUCAUGAAAUUGGUUAAUGUGCACAUGUCCCAUUGAUUGAGGAUUAACCUGAGGGCAGAGGAACAUCCAGCCCAGUUAGCAAAACAUGAUUUUUGAAGGAUUUUUGGCCAACAAUU